GUUUUACUUCUCAAGUCUUCGAUAUUUUUCUUAUUAAUGCAUGCUCGUGAAAUGCAUACAGAGGAUUAUAUUGACUUUAUGCAGUAUAAUUUAACGAUACCGCAAUCUGAAAACACAACGCUAAUGUUUCGUGACUUAUUUCUAACCGAGCACGACCCGGUCUUUUUAACUGGCAACAGCACAAUGGAAAUUCUGAUCAACAUACUCCGUAAUACAUCAAAGGUACAAGACGAAGAUAUACUGUUUCGUGAACUCGAAAGCUUCGGCACGAAUAUCCAUAGACAUAUGAUAGAGAUACAGAUACGGUCUUGUCCCUAUACUCAACUCUGUAACGUCCACCGUGAGGCCUAUGAUUAUCCGGGAUAUUUAGACCCGUGUUGUGGUGCAUGCAGUUGUGAUUUAGAAGUGUGUUUGGAUACAAAUAACUGCUGUUUGGAUAUAAUAUUGAAUUAUUCUACACAGUUUCCACCACAAACGAAGUUGUCGAAAAGCUGUAUACCUUUAGAAAUUGGGCAGACAUCGGGCGUUGGGUAUCGCAGUCACAUGUAUGCUGUAAGCAGUUGCACACGACAUAAAGACCAAUCCGAAUAUAUAAGCAUAAACAAAUGUGAAAAUAAAUACGUUGCAGGGGGCGUUGGAAGUGUAAUAGACAUAGUUCCUUGUUUUGAUAGAUUGAAUAGAACGUUGUUUCGAAAUAGACAUUGUGCUUACUGCAAUGGUGUUCUUGAUGUCGAUUUAGAGUACUUUAAUACAUCUUUGACCUGCGAAACACUCAUUGACGGUAGUCGGGACGAAACUGUUCUUCUAGACAAAAUAUUAGAAAAAAGGUCUUGUAAAAUAGCGUUUCAUCCCGAGCCAGAGUUUGAAAUUUAUUCAUGCACGGGCGCUGUAAACUCAUGCAACCAAACCGGUCUUUGGACAAUCUACAACGCGGACAUAGAAGCGGCAUGCUUAGCAUAUACGUCGGUUUAUUCAUUGGACAGCUUAUCAGAGCUUUCAAGAUUUAAAAAUAUAUUUUGUUACAUUUGUAAUGGAUAUGAUCCAAAUGAUUUGAGGCAACUUUGCCAAAUACCGUAUUACAUGGACAAACAUUCUGAGAUAUUUUCUUUCUCUGGUCUCCUGAACGUGCAAAGAAGUCUAGAUGACAUGUCCGCUGUUCGGGUGAAUGAGAAUCCGGAUGAAGAAAAUACAUUUUGCUCUAUCGCCAGAAGUCUUGUCGGCAAAUGUGUACCGAUGAGUGCAACAGUUUGGAACAUUCUGAUUUUUCUCGAUAUACGGGCGAUACCCGAACAACGGCUGUAUGUGAACAUGUCUGAGAUAGAUAGCAUGCUUCUCCGACUGUAUGAUGCUAUUAAGGACAAGUUCGGGCCAGGAUUCGACGAUGAUAUUUGCAGCAGAGGAGCAAGUGCUGAUAUACAUGCUAGUGCCGAAACAAUGCUGUCAUCGGAAAGCUUUGUUAAUGUGGUUAUAAUUGAUUUCUGCAUUCCUCUUUAUGUUUCAGCACCAAUCGAAAUAGAUUUGUUUUUCAAUAUUUUUCGUGAAGCAUUUCAAAAUGUGAAAUUAAACGCAUUCCUCGGUAGAAACAAACCUCUUCAGUUCAGUUUGAACAUAAUAGAUAAGAGUAACCAUCCGUAUGACUAUUUAGGGGAUAAAGGUGUAUAUAAGAGGUCAACAUUAGGUGAAUUUGGAGCACUAGCUGACAUUCCUGAAAGCGUUGACCUGCCUCCUGCUGCAUAUACCGCAUUUCCAAAACUAAGGCGUUCACUUCCCGGCUGGAACGUCAUGUCCUUAGUCUCAAUCCUUUUUAUUGCUCAGGUAUUGUACCUUAUAAGUAAUUUGGGUGGUUUUCAGUCAGGUGCUUUGACCUGCAAGGCGAUUGGUAUCCUCGUCCAUUUCUCCUGGCUGCUCUGUCUGUUCUGGAUGAAUGUCUGUACGUUUCAUAUGUUCAGAGUUUUAACCAAGAUGACCGUCAUAAGAAGCGGUUCCAACUGGAAACGAUAUUUUCUUUAUCUCAGUUAUGCCUUUUCUUUGUCAACAGCGUUUACUGGUGUUAAUGUUAUUGUCUCGGUGACAAGGGAGAGCGGAUUUGGUUAUGGGAAAUAUUCUUGUUAUAUAGAUACGCAAGAAAUGGUAAUGUUUACAUUUGCGCUUCCAGUUGCUCUCCUCAUAAUAUCCAAUUUCGUGAUGUUUGUAAGUGUCCUUUUAAAAAUAAAAAGGUCCCCUUCAGUGCAGAAAAAUGUCAAAAAAGAACGAAAUGAUUUGGAAAUUUUCGUGAAAUUGUCCACAAUUACUGGCAUGACGUGGAUUUUCGGAUUGAUAAACAGUGUUACGCAGAUAUCAUUCUUCUCGUACUUGUUCAUAGUCCUCAACGCCUGCCAAGGUGUGUUCCUGUUCUUCGCUUUCAUCUGUAACCGCCGGGUGUAUUCUAUGUUGACAAAUCUGGUAUAUGGAGCAUCGGAACUGUCUACGACCGGAAAUACCAUCUCAACCACUGCAUGUUAAAGAUUUAAGAGAAAAUUACGUUGAUUCAAAUUAAG